AUGACCCAACAGAUGCAGAACCUGCAGUUGUCCCAGACCAGGAAGUGUCCCGGAGGGCCAGCCUCGCCCAGUGCCGCCAAGCGCCUCUACCGAAACCUGUCGGAGAAGCUGCGUGGAAGCACCUCCUCCUUUGAGGAUGCCUACUUCUUCGGGAAGACAGACCGCCUCCGAAAAACUUCGACCAUGCAGGGCAGUGAGUGCAUCUUUGAGGCGGUGGAGCAGCAGGACCUGGAUGCCGUGCAGAUACUACUGUACCAGUUCUCAGCUGAAGAACUGGAUCUGAACACGCCCAACAGCCAGGGCUUAACACCGCUUGACAUUGCUGUCAUGACCAACAACACGCCCAUUGCCAAGCUGCUGCUGAAGGCCGGCGGCAAGGAGAGCCCUCACUUUGUGAGCGUGGAGAGUCGGGAGGCUCACCUGAGUGCUCUGGUGCUGGAGGCGGAGCGUCGGGCAGCCGACCUGGCAGCUCAGGCUCAGAGGGACGGCCUCUCGCUUGAAGCCUGCCACAAAGACAAGCAGCUGAGGACGUGGGAGUGGAGGAACAAGCUGUACAAGCGCAUGAAGACGGGCUUCCAGCAUGCGCGUCCCCCAGAGGCCCCGACCAUGGUCCGUCUGAGCGUGACUAGCAGCACCACAUUGACCGUCACCUUCCAGGAGCCGCAGAGUCUGAAUUCCACCGUGGUGACCAAAUACAGAGUGGAGUGGAGCUGCCUGAAGGAUUUCUCUCUGCUGGCCGGUGACGUGGUUCUGGAUAAUCUGCAGAACCUCAAGUGGACCAUCAGCAGCCUCUCCACGGGUCGGGUCUACCACGUGCGGGUGUCGGCCUACAACAUGAAGGGCUGGGGUCCACCGGCUUCCUCCCUGCCUCCGUCUGCAGCUCCGUCCAACUGGAGGGAGAGCGACGGCCGGGAGCCCAGGAAGCGUGGCCACAUCGAGGCCAUGGAGCGCCUGCUGCAGCAGGUUCGAGCGACCCACACGCACUACUGCUGUGGAGACCCGUCGAAGCUGCAGAACCCCAGCAGGAAGCAGUCGGUCUCCAGAAGCCUCAAACAUCUCUUCAACUCCAACAAGUUUGUCAAAACUCUGAAGAGGGGGAUCUACCUGGCUGCUGUCUUCUACCAUAAGGACAGCCUGCUGGUGACCGCCGAGGACCACAUCCCCAUCGUGGAGGUGGACGACUCCUACAGCAGCACGCUCAUGCAGGACUUCUUGUGGUUCACAAAGCUGUCCUGUAUGUGGGAGGACGUCCGGUGGCUCAGACAGAGCAUGUCCGUCUCAAUGUCGUCCUCGUCCACACUGCAGGCCCGACACAAGAUGCUGACCGCCACCGGGCAGAUGCAGAACCUCCUGGGAACACAUAACCUGGGUCGGGUCCACUAUGAGCCCAUCAAAGAUCGCCAUGGCAACGUGCUGUUGGUGACGAUCCGAGACACGGAGAGCCAGCACUCACUGGUCAGCGGGAAGUGGAUGCAGGUGACCAAACUGCAGAGCCAGAGGAAGUCCCUGUCCACGCCCGAGGAGCCGUACGCCCUCGACAUCCUCAUCAUCACCAUGCAGUGUGUCUGUGUGUCUCUCUCUGUGUCUCUCUGUCUCUCUGUCUGUCUCUGUCUCCAGGCCCGUCACUUCCGUCUCUACAGUCAGGAGGUGGUGGAGCUCGGUCACGGCGUCUCCUUCCUGCUGCUGCUUCCUCCUGCUGAUGAUGUUUGCUCCGCCCCCGGACAGUCCAACCCCUACAGCCCGCUCUCAGGGUUCCUGCACCUGCCGCUGCAGAUGUUUGAGCUCGUUCAUUUCUGCACCUACAAGGAGAAGUUCAUCAGUCUGUACUGCCGUCUGUCCUCAGUCCUGGACCUGGACGCCCUCAUUACCCAGCAGGCACUGCGGGAGGCUAUCACCGACAGCGAGGUGACCACCGCCAAGCAUCGACACCAGCUCGUCCUGGACUACAUCCAGCAGCUGGACGAGGUGCGGCGGGAUCUUCGUUGGAUCACGGACGCCCUGCAGUCCGCCCGCUACAAGCAGCCCUGCGGCGGCGCGCCCAUCACCUGCCUGGUGGACGCCAACGCUCCAGAGAGCGUCUCGGGUCAGCAGAAAACCGACUCCACCUCCUCCAACAUGGACUACCUGCCCACACCGUCCCCGUCCCCGGAGCUCCGCCGGAGGACGGCCAUCAGUGACUCUCUGCUGGGAUCUGAUGAGGACGGGUCCUCCGAGGUCUUCCUGCCCACCGACAGCGAUUACGACUCCGGUGACCCCCUGAGUCCACGAGAACUGGACCUGUUCUACUCUCCAGGCCCAGACUUCUCCCAGCAGGCCGUGCACUCGCUGGGCGGCAGCGCCCCUGAUGUCCUACAGGUCAACGAGCUCAGGUGCAGCGUCUGCCCGUCUGCAGACUCCCCCACCUCCUCCACAUCAGUGAAGGACUCUCUCCUCCCUUCCUCCCCCUCCACAGACCUCCCCUCCAGCAUCCCACCUCACCCCCCACCUCACUCCAGGACCCUCCCCACGUCCCCGUCCCUACCCCUGUCACCCAGGUUCUACAAAGACCUGCCACUGUCCCUCCCCCUUUCCCCGGGUCUGUCUUACACCACCAGGACUCUGGAGGGACUCUCCCUGUCCAAGGAGGGCCCUGCCCCCCUCAGGGCCCUCACCAACCCCCCCGCUAAGAGAAAACUGCUGUCCAGGAGCCAUCGGGGCCAGUACUUCAGCGGGCCCCAGCGCUGGCUGCGGGGCCACAGCGGGGACAGUCUCACUGGGUCCUUAUCUGAGGGGGUCUACACCAAGCAGCUGGACCCCGACCUGCACACUUCCUCCCCGCAGGGCCACACUUUCAUUAGCCACGCCUCCUGCGUCCUGGAGAACCGGAAGGCCCGGCACCGGGACCCACGGCCCCACGUCCGCAGGAUCUUUGUGGAGCCCUGCAGGGAGCUGUCCCCAGACCACCAGACGGAGCGAGGGGAGGGGGUCUCGGCAGCAGGCAUGUCUGUGGUCGUAGCGGAGUCGGAGUCUGGAGAAGAGGAGCCAGAAGGAGCCGCCGCCCAGGAAGUGGACUCAGACGAGCAAAGCAACGCGCAGCUUUCAGAAAUCCUCAGCAGCACGUUGUAG